AUGGCUGCUGCUUCUUCCUGCAUAGCUUGCAAUGGCACUGCCGAUGAGAAGGAGGAGAAGCGCAAGUGUGAGCUCAUCGGGUACGAAGCACUGCCGGAGUGGCUCAAGGACAACGAGUUCAUCCAUGGCUACUACCGCUGCGAGUGGCCGAUGAAGGAGACCAUCCUCAGCAUCUUCUCCAUCCACAACGAGACCCUCAAUGUUUGGUCGCAUUUGAUAGGGUUCCUGCUGUUCCUGUGCCUGACAAUCGUCACAGCAAUGGUGAUCCCAAGGAACGGCAGCAGCAGCAGGAGCAGCGGUAGCAGCACUGCAUACCAGCUGGGAGAUCUGGUGGAGAUGGCCAAGGCCAACAUGACGGUAGCGCUGAGGCACGAGGCACUUGCAGCGUGUUUCCUGCUGCCACCAUCUGCUGCUGCUGCUUCAGCUGCUUUGUCUGAAGAUGGUCAGCAGAUCCCAACCAGCUGUCCACCCAACACUUCCUCCUCUCACCAUCAUGCCAUCCAGAUCCAGGGCAGCACUGGUAAUACGGCGGCCACCAUGGACGCCGCCGGCACCGGCACCACCGCCGCCGACCCCAUCACGCGGUGGCCGCUGUUCGCGUACCUGGGCGGCGCGAUGGUGUGCCUGCUGACGAGCAGCGCGUGCCACCUGAUCCUGUGCCACUCGGAGCGCACGGCGUACGUGACGCUGCGCCUCGACUACGCCGGCAUCGCCGCGCUGAUCGCCACCUCCUUCUACCCGCUGGCCUACUACUCCUUCCUCUGCGACCGGGCCCUGCAGCGGCUCUACAUGGGCUCCAUCACGGCGAUGGGCGCCGCCGCCGUGACGGCGUCGCUGGUGCCGGCGUUCCAGGCGCCCCAGCUGCGCCCGCUCCGCGCCGCGCUCUUCUCCUGCAUGGGCGCGUCGGGGGCGCUGCCCAUCGCACACAAGCUGCUCCUCUACGGCGGCACCGCGCCGGGCGCCGUGGCGUCGGCCGGGUACGAGGCGCUCAUGGGCGCGCUCUACGCGCUCGGCGUCGCCGUGUACGCCGCGCGUGUACCCGAGCGGUGGGCGCCCGGGAGGUUCGACCUCGUCGGCCACAGCCACCAGCUGUUCCACCUCUUCGUCAUCGCCGGCGCGUACGCGCACUACCUCGCCGGAGUCGAGUACCUCAAAUGGAGGGACGUCGACAAAUGCUAG